GACGUCAUUUCCGUUAUUAGAAAGACAUCAACAACAAGCUAGUGCAGUCAUGUGGAGUACAAGAAAUUUUUUGAGACUUGGAAAAUACAGUAAGGUUUAUUUUCAACAUCAAAAGUUACAGAAUCAAAUUGUAAGAUGGAGGCAUUCGACACCGUUAAAUACUAUAAUAAUGUUUGUUCCGCAGCAAGAGGCAUGGGUUGUAGAAAGAAUGGGUAAAUUUCAUCAUAUAAUGCAACCAGGAUUAAACUUUUUAAUUCCAAUUGUGGAUAGAGUCAAAUAUGUUCAGAGUUUAAAAGAAAUAGCAAUUGAUAUUCCUAAACAAUCAGCUAUCACGCUUGAUAAUGUAACAUUAAAUAUUGAUGGUGUAUUAUAUUUGCGUGUGAUGGAUCCCUACAAAGCAAGUUAUGGUGUUGAAGAUCCAGAAUUUGCCAUAACACAAUUAGCUCAAACUACAAUGAGAUCAGAACUUGGAAAAAUUGCUUUAGACAGUGUUUUUAAAGAAAGAGAAUCAUUAAAUGUAGCAAUUGUAGAGAUGGUGCAUAACGCCUACCUCUAGUACCAAAUUACUCCUUUGAAAUAUAGAAACAGGGAUAUCAGAUUGCCUGAAAGAGUUCAAGAAGCGAUGCAGAUGCAAGUCGAAGCCGAAAGAAAGAAAAGAGCAGCUGUAUUAGAAUCAGAAGGUGUAAGAGAAGCGGAGAUCAAUGUUGCCGAAGGUAAGAAAAGGGCUCGGAUUUUGGCAUCAGAGGCAGAAAAAAUGGAACAGAUUAAUCAAGCUCAAGGAGAAGCAAAUGCUAUAGUAGCAAAGGCCGAAGCACGAGCCAAAUCGUUAAAGAAGGUCGCAGAAUCACUAAGGGAACAGACUGGAAGUAAUGCAGCUUCUCUGUUAAUUGCCGAGAAAUACGUCUCCGCUUUUGGAAAAUUAGCAAAAACAGGAAACACGUUGAUUCUUCCGACAAACACCGGCGAUGUCUCGGGAAUGGUAGCUCAGGCAAUGGGCAUAUAUCAGACCUUAGCUUCGAAACCAUCAAAUCCUAAACCUGAUGGCGGACAGUACAGAGAUGCUUCCCAAGUUGAAGAAUACAUCAGCGAUCAGGAAGAACCGGAGGAAUACAUGGCCGGUCCCAGCUCUUUAUUAGAACCGCCGACAAAAACUCCAUGAUGUGCAGUUAGUGUUUUAUACUGACAGUUUAAUAUAAUAAAAAUACAGUGAUUUACUUAUUUAUUAUGAUUUUGUAAAUCAUUCACUAAACCUAAUUAAAACCUGUUCAGUUUUUUUCUCUUUAAAAU